UCCAGCCAGACGCCCAAGGGCCGAGGCAGCUCAAAGAGAACGAAUCGAUCGCUGUUCACUCGCUCCCUGCGAGGCCGCCUGCAGUACGUUUCUAACUCUGCCCACACAUCGGCUGCCCCCAGUGGAGAGAGAGAGAGAGAGAGAGAGCCUGUGGCCGCGGCUUGCUUCUGUGGCGAUCGAGCAACCGCUUCAGUCUUCACCCCUUCCGAUCUUAGCAGUUCGAGUUCAACAAGAGGCGGGAGAUACAGAGUAAAGGAUGCAGCUGUAGUUUCCCGUUCGUUCAUCCUCGAGUCAUCUGCCGUCCAGGAGAGAAGGUUGUGGAUAUAGUGACCUUCAGCAGUCCAGCAUGACGAAGAAACACAAAAAUAGAAAGUCCAAACAUUUCUUGGAGAACAAAAAGGGUGUUGAUGAGAAUGUGGAGCACAUUUUGCGAAUGAUAGGAGAGGAGAGUGAGCUGGCUGAAAGCGAACCAGAUGAUUCUGGAAAUACCUUCAAGAAAUCAAAACUGUCCUCCCUUGUAAAGGGCUUCCAUGAAGACUAUCAGCACCUUCACAAGCACUGCAAAGAUCUAAUCAGUAAACUAGAAAAUGUUGGUCACAGUUCCACUGGUUCAGAUUCGUCCGAUUCAGACUCGGAAGGAGACAGAUCAGACACUGACAUUCCAAGUCAGAAAUUAGAUGCACUAAAUGAAGAAAAUGGCUGGAUGCAGAAGCUUGCUAGAGAGCAUCAAGGUGAAAAGCAAAGUAUGGAAGCAGAAAUUCAGAAGCUGAAACAAAAUGCAGAAGAAAAAACGAAGGAAAUAUCUGAACUGAAGAAGCUAUUAGAAAAAGCAAUAACGGACAAAGAAACUACUAGUUCAGACGUUGCAAAUUUGUCAUCAGAGAACGAACAUCUAAAAUUGUUGGUUGAAGGUGCAGAGAAGGAGGCAGCAGAAUCCCUGAAGAAAUCAACAGUCAUGGAGAAUGAGAUGAGGACGUUAUCUGGCGAGAAGCAGACUACUGAAAACGAGAGGGAUGACCUGAAGAUUUUAAUUGUAGACCUGGAGAACAAGAGGGAAGAUAUGAGCAAUCAGCUGCAAGAUACAGUGGAGAAAUGCAACUCCUUGACAUCCCAACUAGAGAAGGCCCACUUAGCUGAGAAAGAAGUGCAGACCUUGUUAUCAGAAAUCCAAAAAUCCAAGGAUGAGAACUUGAUGCUGUCAGUGGAAUGUGAUAACCUGAAAGAAAAUGGGAAGAAUGUGGAUAUCAAGUUUUCCGAACUGAGGGCAACUCUUGCUGAAACAGAAGCUAAAAAUGACUCCUUGAUUGCAGAAAACAGUUUACUGGAAAGCAAGCUUCAACGUUUAGGGGUGGAGAUAGAUGGUAUGACAGUGGAGAGAGAGGAACUAAUGAACAAUCUGAACAAGGAACGUGGAGCUGCAGAGGAAGAAAAAUUAAGACUAGUAUCAGCACAUUCCAAGUGUUUGAAUGAGUUGGAGAAGGCACAAUGUACCAUCAAGGAACUAGCAAAGGAAAUGGAAUCAACAAAACUUGCACUGAGUGAUAAUAUUGCAGAGCUACUGAAAGAAAAGAAUUCUGCGGCAUCAGAGCUAAAGCAGUUAGAAGCUUCUUUGAAGAAACUUGAAGAUGAGUUCGAACAACAACUUAAGAGGAUUUCAGUUAUGCAGAAGGAUAAUGAAGACCUGGUGUUGGUGAAUUCAAAUCUGCAUAAUGAGCUUGCAGCAGUGCUGGGAGAAAAGAAUGAAGCUGUUGCUUCUAGUAUUGAUCUUGAAAUAAAGUUUCAACAGCAAAACCAACAAAUUUCAAGUCUUCAGGAGGCCAUUGAAGGCCUCAGAGAAGCAAAGGAUGAUAUGUAUAAUGAAGUUACAGUACACGAGGAGGAGAAACAUGCAGCAGUUGCUCAGUUAGAGCAGUCGGAGGCUUACGUCAAAAACCUCCAGAGCGAGAUAGAACUAAAACAGAACCAAAUUUCACUUUUCCAGCAAGCUACUGAAGAACUGCAGGAGAAAAAUUCUAGCUUGGAUAGGCAGCUGGAAGAAGCUAAGACAAAUCUACAGGCGGAGAUCAUUCUGUUACAAGGAGAAAAGCAACAAGCCGUUGAUGAUUUGCAGCAGUCAAACACUUCAGUCAAGACCCUUGAACGCAAGUUAGAGCAGCAAAUAGAACAAAACAAUAUUCUACAGCUUGCCAAUGAAGAUCUGCAGAAGAUUAACUGUAACCUGAAGAAACAAUUCGAAGAUGCCAUGGUUAGCCACGACGCUGAAAUUAUAGUACUCCAAGACGAGAAGAAAAAAAACCUGUCGGAGUUGCAGCAGUCCGAGGCUUCCAUCAAGAAUCUAAGAAUUGAGUUAGAUCAAGGACGAGAGCAAAUUUUGAUCUCGCAUCUAGCUAAUGAAGAAAUGAAGAAUAGAAAUGCUAGCUUGAACAAGCAAUUGGAGGAAUCAAGGAGCAGCUUGUCUGAGGAGAUUGUAACACUAAGUGAGCAGAAGGAAACAGCCCUAUCGGAGUUACACCAGUCUCAUGCUUCCAUUGGGAACUUGGAGACAGAGUUAGAAAAGCGAAGCGUGAGUGUUUCAGUUUUGCAGCAAGCUAAUGAUGACUUAAAGAAGAACAUCUGUGCCCUUACCGAACAAUUCAACGAAGUCAAGGUUGAGUUACAGAAGAAGAUUAAAGUGACACAAGAAGAGAAGGAUACGGUUUUAACCCAACUAAAGCAGUCAGAGUUUUCUAUCAAGAACCUUGAAUGUGAGAUAACUCGGUUGAAGGAAGAUCUUUCAAUUCAGCUAGAAAACAACUCCAGCUUGAACAAACAGUUUGAGGAAUCAAGGACCAAUCUGCAGGGGGAUAUUCUAGCACUUCGUGAAGAGAAAGAAACAGUUCUGUCAGAGUUACAUCAGUCUCAAGCUUCUGUGAGGAACUUUGAGAGAGAGCUAGAAAAGCAAAGUCAGAGCAUUUCAGCUCUGCAGAAUGCAAAUGAUGAAUCACAACAGAGCAAAUGUGCCUUGACCCAGAAAUUAGAAGAAGUUGAGGCUGAGUCACAGAGGAAGAUUGAGGUGGCACAAGAAGAGAAGGAUACAUUAUUAACACAACUAAAACAGUCAGAGUCUUCUAUCAAGAAUCUUGAAAGUGAGAUAGCACAGCUGAAGGAGGAACUUUCAGUUCAGCUGGAAAACAAUUCCAGCUUGGAACAACAGUUCGAAGAGGCAAUACUAAAAGUUUCUAACUUGCAUGAGAAACUAGAGAGAGUUCAGGCUGAGGCGGCAUGUCAAGUUAAUGAAAUGAAUAGUAAUGCGAAAGAUUUGGAGAAGAUAAUCGAUGUAUUGUCAUCUCAGAAGGCCAAGGUGGAGGGGGAUCUGAAAGAUAUGGUUACAAUAUGCAUGGAAAAUUUGUCGUCCAUGAAUGAAUUUGAAGAUAGAGUUCAACAGAAAGUUUCAGAUCAGGCCACAAAACUUGCUGAUCUCGAGCAGAGCCUCAAAGAUAUUGGUAGCAACUUUCAGAGACUCCAUCAUGCAUAUGAUGAUGUGUCCACAGAGGCAUCUCAGCUUGAGGUAGUCAAGAAAAAUCAUAUUGAGCAGAUAAACCAACUAGAGGAGAAAAAUGCAGAAAUUUUGGACAAGCAUCGCCAUUUGGAAGAGGAAAAGUUUUGUAUAAGUAAGGAUAACGCAGAGCUGCAAAAGCAUGUCCAAGAACUUGAAUUUCAGCUCAAGCUAGCCAAGCAGAAGCUUGAAGUUGCCGAAGCGGAGAGCAAAUGCAAAGAAGACAGCUAUGUGAUGGCAGUGGAAACAUCAAAAACAGAGAUCGUGCAUCUUGAAGAACAAAUACAGCUGUUCUCUGGAAGGAUUAGCUUGCUGGAAGAAACUUUUGUGCAAAUUAAAGACAGCGCCGCGUCAGUGGUCUCUAAAUUGAAAAAUCAAUUGGAUGAGCUCGAAUCACACUCCAGCCAAAGCAUUACGUGCCUCAUUCACCGCUUAUCUGCUUGUGGUGGAGAGUUUAGUGUCCUUCAGAACAUGUUACACAAUUAUCUUGCUGAGCAGAAAGAACUGCUCAAGGAAAACGAAGAUCUGGCUAUUGGAUUGAGAAAGAAAGAAAAGGAAAUGUCAGAAAUGAUUAAGAGUGCUACUGAGUCAGCUGAGAAGAUUGUUCGACUUGAGAAGAUAAUUGAAGAAAAAGACGACGAGCUAGCAGCUAGAGUACAGGAGAAAAGAGAAGCUAUCAAGCAGCUGAGUGACACAAUUGAUUACCACAAGAACAACAGCGAUGAUCUGGUCCGCUACAUCCGCACUCACAACCGUCCCCGCCUUCCAUUUUGUCUGUAAAUUUGAUUACCAAAAAGUUCAUUGUCAGUCAAUAUAUAAGUUGUAUUUUAUCUGUGAACAUCAUUAGACAAUUAUUUCCAAUUUCUUUAAUGUAUCAUAAAUAGUGCUCAAUACAAACAAUAAGGAGGUAGUCAAAUAGCUCGUGGCCUGUGUAUCCUAUUGUCAUUGGGAGAGGUAGAAACACUUUUUGUUCCUUAUAUUUUAGCAUCCUAUUGGAAUA